AUGGCAAUUUCAAGCUCGGUUCGACGAAAAGCCACACAGCUCUCCAAGUUCCGAAAUCGGCUGUUCGAGACAUUUCCAGGGGAUGCACAGGGCAAUGUAGUGAAGAAGACUCGUAACGUCGCUGUAGCUGUAGCUGUAGCCGUCAGCGGCGGCGUAGACUCGAUAGCACUUGCGCUACUUUGCGCCAGAUUAGAUCGUAGUUUCAUUUAUCCAGUAGCACUCAUAGUCGACCACAAAGCACGGGAAGGGAGCACUCAGGAAGCGAUGAAGACGAAGAGUCGUGUGGAGAAACUUGGGCUUCGUGCGUAUGUGUUGACCCUCGAUUGGGCGGCUGGUGUGAUUCCGGACCAGCUUCCAGAUUUUGAGACGCAGGCUCGAAAAAUGCGUUAUCAAAUUCUUGGUGGUGCUUGCCGAGAGCUCGGUAUUAAUAUCCUGUUAACUGCCCAUCAUCGAGACGACCAAGCAGAAUCGACUAUAAUGAGUGUUGCGGCGGGCCGGUCUGGUCCAUCACUCAGAACAAUUAAGGCCAAGGGGUCCAUUCCAGAGUGCUGGGGUAUGCAUGGGGUCUACGAGAGUGGAGUCUACGACGGGGCUUUUAGAAGAAUGAUCCUGAAAUCCGCUACGAAAUCCAGCUUCGUGAGGCCGAAUCUAAAGGAGCGAGUCAUCUUUGAAGCAGGAAGUGUCAGAGUUGCCAGGCCGUUUUUGAAUUUUGAGAAGGACCAGCUGAUUCGUAUUGUCAAGAAGGCAAAAGUAGGCUGGGAAGAGGACGAGACUAAUAAGCAAGCAUGGCGUACUGAACGAAAUGCUGCCAGAAACUUACUUCGACACUUCAGCUUGCCAAUAGCACUUAGGGAAACAUCACUUGCAGAGCUGCGCUCUCGCCGUAGGCUCGUCCAAAUCAGCUUCAAUAAUCUAUUUCAUGCAAUAAAACAUCGUUGCGAGGUCAUCUCCCUCGAUGUACGGUCUGGGAUUCUCAAGAUUCGCAUGAUAAGGGCCAUAUCUCCUUAUAUAGAUCGUCCCCUGCAGGAGCUCUUCAGCCUUCGUCGUUUUGCAGCUCACAUCAUCGAAUCUUUUGUUCGCGUUGUAACAUCUUUCGAGACUGUCAAUCUAGAAAGUUUGCAAAUUGCAGCGGAGACUAUCUUCUCUGACUUUCGAUCUACUCCUCAAAAAGACUCAAAUCAAUCUAUAAGUUUUACCGCAGGUGGCGUCCAAUUCCACCGCAUAUAUUCUUCUCUCGAGAACCCUGAGCAGAUGCUUGGAGAGAUCCCUCAAUCGCCUCGUAGCGCUCUCGAUCCUGACUUUGUAUGGAUUCUGAGUCGACAAUCACCGAACGAUCCGCCUCCCUGCUUAUCUGUAUCGCCGACAUCACCAGCAAAGCUCAGAGAUAUCCAGAUCGUGACUUACACGAAAACGCAGGACUUUUUUGAACUUGACAACUGGGGCUGGUCAGCAUGGCAGCUUUGGGAUGGCCGAUAUUGGAUUCGCAUAAAGAAUGGGACUUGUCACUCGCUCCUUGUACGACCGUUCAAGCCGUCCGACAUGGUCAGGCUUAGGAGCACGAGCACAAGAAAAGAUCUGCAGCAAUUCGAAGCAUAUCUGAGAGAAGUCGCCCCCGGAAAGGUACGCUGGACGUUGCCUGCGAUUUCACGAAAUUCUGACAACAAUAUCGACCCAGACUUAGUCGUCGCCUUGCCUUCACUUGGGAGAAGAAUUCAGUCCGAGGUUUUCUCCAGAGAGAUGACACGAGAUAUAGAAUUCCAAAUUAGAUACAAAAGUGUAGCCUUGAAAUCGUCUACAACAAUCCUAGCCGAUGAUGGAUUCACCAAUAUCCGUUGGGGAAAGGACAAGACUGUUCAAUCCUGGCUAGAUGAAUGA